AUGAACAAUCCUAAUAGUGAUCAGGAUAUCAAGCAUGAUCGCUAUGGCGAUUAUAGCAGAAGUCUUGGCGCCGCUGCAACUCAACGUAGCAACGAAGCAAGACCAUUAUCAAGUAGUGGUGAUAUUCGCAAGGGUAGAAAGAAAGGGAAAAAUCGUGACAAAGAUCGAGCCAAUAGGGUAACUAACUUAUUCAAUCAAUCCAUUCUGGAUAGCAUACAGUAUAAUAAGAGAUGGAAUGGAAGUAGUUUAAUAGAAAAAGAUGAUUUUACCAUACAGCAUGAAUCGAUGGAAUUGGUUGUAAACUACUCUAUCGUCAAUGCAUCCUCUACUUCACUUUCCUAUAACCAAGCUAAUCAUCCAAUGCAAUCGUAUGCAUGA